UCUGGAAACAAGCAGAGGCUAUUUGACAACACAUUUCCAGGAUAUAUCACUUCCUGAAGUCACCAUCUCCGCCUUGACCGAGACAGGCCAACCUGAAUCGUCGAUCAUCGUUCCAUUGCAACGGGCGUAUACUGGUCGUGUGCCUGUGAUAUCAUCCUACCUUGCUGACACUCCCUGCACUACCCUCGGCAUUCAGGGCCUCUUGGACCAACUCAACAUGACACUCGGAACCUCACACACCCUCGACACUCCAUCACUCCCCUCCCUUCUUGAAGAGUGCAUCGCAAACAACUGGGACUUUGGCAUGGCAUAUAGCCGCCUCCGUCGGAUAUGGUACGCCCGAGACUGGAGCACUAUACGAGACAUAUUGCACAAAUGGGAAGAGGAGGACCGGGAGAUGCGACGAAAUGCACUUGUUGGUAACCAGAUCGUUCAACCAAAUUUGCCACCUCGACGUGUGUGGGAUCUGUACAGCAAUCGAGUGGUUCCAUGGUGGUUUACAAACGUCAGUAAGGACUGGUCCUGGAAUAGGACGCUUAUGCCGAUAUCGCAUGCAUGGGUGGGUGAGAGGGAUCGUGUUAAUGCGCAGACACCCAUCAACGGAUAUGAAUGGCCCGUUCCCAUUCCGAAAGACGCCAACCUCAACCUGAUCCGCAUUGAAGCGCUCAAUCUUCAAGCGAAGCGCCCUGAUCUGGAGUAUGAUUGGGACUAUGUGCUGGUUCCAGAAUAUGCAGAGUAUGCGUGGUUGGACGUUCUCUGUUUGAGACAGGAGGGUGGACCAGGGGAGGAUGUGCGUGCAGAAGAGUGGAAGCUGGAUGUGCCCAUCAUCGGAGCAGUCUAUCAUAUGGCCGGUGUGAUGCGUUACUUGAGUGGGCUGGGUCAGCCUUUGAGUUUGAAGGAGGGAGACUUGGAGAAUGAUCGGUGUUGGUUUAGACGUGCAUGGACACUGCAGGAGGUUGGCAGAUUCAAGCUGAUUGCUGGGGACACGCCGGAUGGACCACUGCAUGCCGAGCCAAUAGAUGAGCAUGGGAACUAUGAGACUGAGCUACUGACCAGGUUUCACAAGCAGCUGCGGUUUAAGGUCAUGUUCUGGGAGAUGUUUAAGGUGCUGAAGAGUAUGCAGAAUCGGGUGUCGACCAAUCCAGUGGACAAAAUUGCGGCACUGGCAUCUAUUCUGCGGUCCAAGAAGAUACCGGCAUACUAUGAGAGCGAGUCUCUCGAGGACGCAUGGACAGCACUCGUUAAUUCAAUGGUUCUUCGGGGAGCGUUGUUCGCCUAUCCUGAACCGGGCAAUGCAGGCACAAAAUGGAGACCAUCGUGGGACCAGCUGAUGACGAAGCCUCUGCCCACAUAUAGAUACCUCGGCAUCUUCGUUUAUCGGAAUGAGGAGAUGGAUGAAGACUGGUGUGAUGGGCCCUGCAUUAAAAAGGGGUUCGUACGGGGGUUGGCUAUUGUGGAAGGGAGUGAUCGACGCGGAAAGUUGAUUGUUCAAGACGCGGGUGGGACAGAACACGCAUUCAACAUCACAACCACCCACGAGUACCCGAUACCUGAUGGCACCUACACACUGAUUUCCGCUGAUGGACAUACAUCCCAACAUUACGUUGUCGGGCGAAGACUGUCAGGGAAAAGGUUUGAGAAAGUGUCGGUGUUGCAAAUUCCCGAUAGAGAUAAAUGGGAGCGGUUAAAGAAUCUUAGUACUAAGUGUCGAUACAUUCUUGUUUAAGUACAUAUUGUAGCUAUUCUUCAACCGAGUGGUUAUCAUGCC